CAAAGGCUGCUGCUCCUCCCUUUCGCCAGUGGAGUUUCACUACAAGCUUCUGCACCACACAGGGCAGACGGGAACACAAACACAAGCAAAAGCUGGCAGGCUGACACGAACGGGCAGCUUUACAGGACGGAUUAUCUGGUAACUGACCAUUUAGCUGUGGCACACUCGGACUCCGUGUAAACGUGGGAUUUCGACCAUGAGCUCAGUCGCGGUACUUACGCAAGAAAGCUUUAAUGAGCAUCGCAGUGGCCUACUGCCAGAGCAGGUCAAAGCUGCUGCAGGAGGAGACCCUAGCAGUGUGGAAGAUGAUGACAGCCUCCCCACCUACAAGGAUGCCUUUCCUCCUCUGCCUGAAAAGCCUUUGCCAGAGGGGGUGCAAGAAACUGAAAAUGCCUGGACGACUAAGAUUAAACCUCUGAAGUCCUCAAUUAUCACCCAGGUUUUUCAUGUGCCUCUGGAAGAGCGCAAGUACAAGGACAUGAACCAAUUUGGAGAAGGAGAUCAGGCAAAAGUUUGUCUUGACAUCAUGCACAAGACUGGAGCCCACCUGGAACUCUCCAUGGCCAAGGAUCAAGGCCUCUCCAUAAUGGUCUCUGGGAAACAUGACGCAGUCAUGAAAGCCCGCAAAGAGAUUGUGUCGCGACUGCAGACUCAGGCUUCAGCUACUGUGGCCAUCCCCAAAGAACAUCAUCGCUUUGUCAUUGGCAAGAGUGGGGAGAAGCUGCAGGAGCUCGAGCUAAAGACUGCCACCAAGAUCCAGAUCCCUAGACCCGACGACCCCAGUAACCAGAUCAAGAUCUCUGGAACCAAGGAAGGCUUAGAGAAGGCCAAGCAUGAGAUCCUGCUCAUCUCUGCUGAGCAGGAUAAACGUGCUGUGGAAAGAAUGAACAUUGAUAAGGUGUUCCACCCCUUCAUCACUGGUGCUCAUGGCAAGCUGGUGGGGGAUUUGAUGCAGGAGACCGGUGCCCGCAUUAAUGUUCCUCCACCCAGUGUGAACAAAACUGAGAUUGUCAUCACUGGGGAGAAAGAGCAGGUGGCCCUGGCCAUGGUCAAGAUCAAGAAGCUUUAUGAGGAGAAGAAAAAGAAUGCAACCACUAUUGCAGUGGAGGUGAAGAAAUCUCAGCAUAAAUAUGUGAUUGGGCCUAAGGGUAACACCCUGCAGGAGAUCCUGGAGAGGACCGGCGUCUCGGUCGAGAUCCCACCCCUCGACAGCAGCUCAGAGACAGUAAUCCUGCGUGGGGAGCCAGCCAGGCUGGGUCAGGCACUCACUGAAGUGUAUGCCAAGGCCAACAGCUACACUGUGUCCUCAGUCUCUGCUCCCUCUUGGCUUCAUCGUUUCAUCAUUGGCAAGAAAGGACAGAAUCUGGCUAAGAUCACGCAGCAAAUGCCCAAGGUGCACAUUGAGUUCACAGAGGGAGAAGACAAGAUCACGCUGGAGGGUCCCACCAAAGACGUACAAAUAGUACAGGGCCAGAUUGAAGUCAUUGUUACAGAUCUGGUUAGCAGAAUGGACUACACAGAGAUUAGUGUAGACCCAAAGUUCCACCGACAUCUAAUUGGGAAAGGCGGUGCAAACAUUAACCGCAUAAAGGAACUGCACAAAGUGUCAGUCCGCAUUCCACCUGACAACGAGAAGAGUAACCUGAUCCGUAUUGAGGGAGACCCCCAGGGAGUGCAGGAGGCCAAGAAGGAGCUGCUGGAGCUUGCGUCACGCAUGGAGAACGAGCGUACAAAGGACAUGAUCAUUGAACAGCGUUUUCAUCGAGCCAUCAUAGGACAGAAAGGGGAGAAAAUUAAGGAGGUUCGGGAUAAGUUCCCAGAGGUAAUUAUAAACUUCCCUGACCCAGCGCAGAAAAGUGACAUUGUACAACUGCGUGGGCCUCGCACUGAGGUGGAAAAAUGCUCAAAGUUUAUGCAGAAAAUGGUGGCUGAAAUGGUUGAGAACAGCUUUUCUGUUUCAGUCCCCAUUUUUAAGCAAUUCCACAAAAACAUAAUUGGCAAAGGAGGAGCAAAUAUAAAGAAGAUCCGUGAAGAGACUAACACUAAGAUUGAUUUGCCUGCGGAAAACAGCAACUCUGAAAUGAUUGUCAUCACUGGGAAGAAGGCAAACUGUGAGGCAGCAAAAAACAGGAUCCUGGCCAUUCAGAAAGAAUUGGCAAAUAUUACAGAGGUAGAGGUGUCCAUCCCCUCAAAACUGCACAACUCCCUAAUUGGCUCCAAAGGGCGUUUCGUGCGUUCCAUUAUGGAGGAGUGUGGCGGUGUGCACAUCCAUUUCCCAACAGAGGGCUCUGGCAUCGAUGCAGUGACAAUCAGAGGCCCAGCGGAGGAGGUGGAGAAAGCCAAGAAACAGCUGCUGUCCCUGGCAGAAGAGAAGCAAACUAAAAGCCACACUGUUGAGCUUCGUGCCAAACCUGAAUACCACAAGUUCCUCAUUGGAAAAGGAGGUGGAAAUAUCCGGAAAGUGCGGGACAGCACAGGUGCUAGGAUCAUCUUUCCCACUGCUGAAGAUAAGGAUCAUGAGCUGAUCAUAGUCAUCGGCACAGAGGAAGCUGUCGCAGAAGCACAAAAGGAGCUGGAGGCACUUAUUAAGAGCUUGGAUAACAUUGUAGAGGAUUUCAUGAUUGUCGAUCCCAAGCAUCAUCGGUUUUUCGUGGCACGUCGUGGGCAAGUCCUGAGGGACAUUGCUGACGAGUAUGGUGGUGUUAUUGUCAGUUUUCCUCGAACUGCUGCACAGAGCGAUAAGGUCACCCUAAAAGGAGCCAAAGACUGUGUGGAGGCUGCAAAGAAACGCAUGCUGGAGAUGAUCGAGGAUUUGGAUGCUCAAGUGACCAUGGAGUGUGUGAUCCCUCAGAAGUUCCACCGCUCCAUAAUGGGACCCAAGGGCUCUCGCAUACAACAGAUCACGAAAGACCACAAUGUUCAGAUCAAGUUUCCAGACAGAGAGGAGCAGCAGCAAGCUGAUGCUUCAGUUCAGGAGAAUGGGGAGGCAAAUGGAGAGGUGAAGGAGCCAGUUGACCCUACAGCCCCAAAGAAGUGUGACGUCAUUGUGCUCUCUGGCCGCAAAGAGAGAUGUGAAGCUGCUGUUGAGGCGCUAAAGGCCUUGGUUCCUGUGACCAUUGCAGUAGAAGUGCCUUUUGAGCUUCAUCGCUACAUCAUUGGUCAAAAAGGAAGUGGAAUCCGCAAGAUGAUGGAUGAGUUUGAGGUUAAUAUUCAAGUGCCUGCUCAUGAGUUACAGUCUGACAUUAUCUCCAUUACCGGCCUGGCCUCUCACCUCGACCGCGCCAAGGAGGGUCUUCUUGAGCGUGUCAAAGAGCUACAGGCCGAACAGGAGGAUCGGGCUCUCAGGAGCUUCAAGCUGACCAUCACUGUGGAACCCAAGUAUCACCCCAAGAUUAUUGGACGGAAGGGUGCCAUAAUCUCCCACAUCCGCCAUGACCAUGAAGUUAACAUUCAGUUUCCAGAGAAAAAUGAUGAGAACCAGGAUCAGAUUACUAUCACUGGCUAUGAGCAGAAUGCUAUUGCAGCACGUGAUGCUAUUCAGGCUAUAGUGGAUGAACUGGAGGAAAUGAUUUCUGAGGACAUCACCCUGGACAGCAGAGUCCAUGCUCGCAUAAUAGGGGCACGUGGCAAGGGAAUUCGCAAGAUCAUGGAUGAAUUUAAGGUUGAUGUUCGGUUCCCUCAAUCUGGAGCUGCGGAUCCCAAUUUAGUGACUGUGACUGGCCGUCCAGAGCAUGUUGAUGAAGCCAUUGAUCACCUUCUGAACCUAGAGGAGGAAUACAUGGCAGAUGUUGUUGAAAAUGAAGCCAAAAUGGCCUAUAUGAAGCCUUCUGGUUCCAGUGCCUCAAGCAUGGAAGAACCCCGUGGCCCAUCCAAGGGCUUUGUUGUGCGGGAGGCUCCAUGGGCUACUGGCAACGAAAAGGCUCCAGAUAUGAGCAGUUCUGAGGAAUUCCCCAGUUUCGGUGCACCUGUGGCUGCUGCUGCGAGAGCAUCUCCGUGGGGACCCAAACGUUUUUGAAUUGAGUCCCCUUCAGUGGUUUUAUUCCAACCUCCUGGUUUUCUCCCUCAUUAUUACCCUCAUUUUGACCCAUUUGGAUGUGGACCGACCACUUAAUCUGACCUCAAUAUAUCAGCACAGUUCCUCUGUUCAAAUUAAUUCUAACAAGGGUCCUGUUGGUUCUCUCAGUGACCCUUUAAAACAAAACAAGUGGUAAACACUUUCCUCUUUAUGAGAGUGGCCUAUACCAGAUUGGCCUAAAUUACUAUGAAAUGAGGCAACCUGUUUGCAUUUUUAGAGAGAAUCCAAAAUCGAAGGAAAACAAAAGUACGCCUGACCAUGCUUCGGGUCUGUAACAAUCCAGGUUUAAAUGAUUUUUGAUAUGACUUCAUUACAAACAAGAACAUUUUCAUUACAAAGGUUAUUUUUUUGGGUUUAUUAAGCUGCUCUGUCUCAUAGUUGCCUUUGCAAUGCGGUUGGGGAAAAAUAUACUGUAUACCUCUGAAAGAUGUUGCUUCUGGUUGAAGUCCGAUUCAUUCAUAGGAAAUGGGUAACCAGCUGUACUUUUGCCUCGUUCCCUAGGGGUAGCCAUUUUGUUGCCGUCAUUUCACUUGUGUCUGUCCCAAUCCCUUGUUUCCUGACUAUAGGAAGUGGUUCUGUGCAGCCUUUACAACUCUCCGACCUACAAGAGGGACUCUCACUACAGUAUUUUCAAACUGCCAUUAGCUUUGGAAGUCCCAGGGAUGUAGUCACUGGGGCAGCAGAAGUCCUAAGGUUCCCAAAGUCUCUAAAAUGUACACUAAACUGCUUCAACUUCGUUUUGUUUUUGAUAUUCAGAAACCAUGUUUAUUAAAGAUGACGAUAUUUGGAAGAAUAGGAAAAGAAUAGGAAAAAAAAUACCAUUUUGUGCCAAUGAAUUGUCAAGUAAUGUCAUGUGUUACUCAUUCUUGCUAUUGGGUCAGUGUCCAGCCCCUUUUUGUCUUCCAGUUGCUAUGCAGGUUGGUCUGAAACCAUAGCAGUGGCCCUCUUAAAUAGCCUUAUAAGAAUUAUGCAAAAACAAAAAAGGAAACGAUUAUGGAUAACACUGGAAAAUAAACUGUCCAAAAAGCAAAAUAAAAAUUGAAAAUGUAUCUGGA